AUGGCUCAGACAUUCACUCCCGAUAGCGAAUUCGCCGACCUCGAGACCCCGCGCGGUCCCAAGGCCGGAUGCCUCUCGAUCACUGCUCUCGCCCGGUUUGAGUUCGAGGCGGGCCGGGCCAACGAUGGAACGAAGAUCCUGAUGAUCGAGUGGGAGGAUGAUGAUAUUACUCGUUCCUCCACCGAGGGCUCGUGGCAUGUGUCUUGGGAAGGCAAGACCACUGUCCUCCCCGCAGAUGAACGACCGAAUGAUACCACACGCCGCUUCUACUUCUUGCUUCCUCCCAAUGCCACCAUCCCGCCGGUUGUCACCCUCUCAUACGAGCCCAACGCCAGUUCCUCUAAGAGCCGCGACACACUACAGCUGAAUCCUCUGCCUGCCAUCUUCCCUCCCGAGCUGGGUGCAACCGGUCGCUCCGCCGGCAAAAAAGGUGUGCUGCACACAAUCUGGGCCAAGAAGCGACUGCGGGUUUUGGACAAUGAGAUCCGUGACGAGUCUUUGAACAAUGUCGAGGGAAUUGCGCUGCAUAUGGCCAUGCAGGAGAAGGAAUGGAUCGAGUCCAACUUUGGUGUGGGAGCACAUGGCGCUGAGAGUGUGGCCAGUAGCCAGGACUCGUCGAACAGCCCAUCCGCAUACCCAACUGGCCCAGCAACUCCGGUGUCGCCGAUUAGUGGUAGGAAGUUGUCGGACAAGCUUCGAGGAUUGAAGCUGCAGACGAGUGAAAAGGAGCUGUCGGGUAAGGACCGAUCGAACCCUGGAUCUCUGCUUUCUCCGCAAUCGCCCGAUGUCGCCGUAUCCUCGUUCAGUUCGUUUAGCAACAUUGCUAGACGAGCGCCACACUCCAUGCCAACUCCCGAUACCAAUCCUACGCCUACUCCCAGCUCUCAGCUGAAUCCAAUUGCUCCCGAGUCUCUCAAGCCGGUUGCACUCCACCCACCUGACUUCCUCCAAGAAGCCCAGCGGAACACCGAUGCGCCGGGCUUCGCACCCAUCAACUCCAUGAACUCCACUGCACGCACUUCCAGCGCUGAUUCUGGCGAAGAACUGUUCGCGAAAGCACUGAGCCCCCGAUCUCCUGAUCUCCCACGCAGCCCAUUCUCAUUUGCUUGA